GUAGAGACGAAUGAAUUGAUCUGUUCCUCCGAGGCGGCUCGGCCAGGCGUUCGUGGGCGAGGGUGCGUGUGGUGAUGAGGCGGAGCGCGGGAGUCUUUACCGCCUCCUCAAACUUAAUCCCUCAAGAAGAGGUGUGGUUGCCUCCAUCUUUUGGACCUAGCAGUCUAUCUACAGUUGCCUCUGUCUUUCGGACUUUGUAGCCGAUCUGCAGUCGCCAGUGUUGCCUUUGGCUCUCCGUCUGUUGCGCCUGCCGUGUUUUCGGGACAGUCCAGUUCUGCCUUUUCACCCAUCUGGGUAAUUGUACCAUCUCUCCAGAAUGAGUUUCAACAGUGACAUGGAAGAGGCAGGGGAGGGAAGCAACAGGGAGCCCGAGAGUGUGGAGAUGAACAAGCUGCGUCAGAGUCUGCGCAGGAAGAAGCCCACCUAUGUGCCUGAGGCCAGCAGGCCGCAUCAGUGGCAGGCUGACGAGGAGGCUGUGCGCAAGGGCAAAUGCAACUUCGCCGUCCGGUAUCUGGGCUUGGUGGAGGUGGAGGAGUCCAGAGGGAUGCAUGUGUGUGAGGAGGCAGUGAAGAAACUGAAAGUGAGUGGAAAGAAGACGGUCAAGGCUGUGCUGUGGGUCUCUGCUGAUGGCCUGAGAGUGGUGGACGAUAAAACCAAGGACCUUAUUGUUGAUCAGACCAUCGAGAAGGUGUCCUUCUGCGCACCUGACCGUAACUAUGACAAGGCUUUCUCCUAUAUCUGCCGGGAUGGCACCACCCGCCGCUGGAUCUGCCACUGCUUCAUGGCUGUCAAGGACUCGGGUGAGCGUCUGAGUCAUGCAGUGGGAUGUGCGUUCGCUGCCUGCUUAGAGCGGAAGCAGCGGCGGGAGAAGGAAUGUGGGGUCACGGCCUCCUUUGAUGCCAGCCGCACAUCGUUCGUCCGCGAAGGCUCCUUCCGCGUCUCAUCGGCCGUGCAGCAGGGAGACAGGGAGGAUCUCAUGAAGCAGCUUCAGGAAAAAAAGAAAGAACAAUGUGGCAUCCCUGCAGUGCCACCAGGCAAUGCUUCACCACCAGAGGGCGCAGCCACGCAGGUGGAGCGGGCAGAGGCAGGUGGGCCUCAUGUCAUCCCACGUCGCCACGCCCCCCUUGAGCAGCUGGUGCGGCAGGGGUCCUUCCGCGGCUUCCCCACCCUCAGCCAGAAGAACUCACCGUUCAAAAGGCAGCUCUCGCUGCGUCUCAACGACCUGCCCUCCACCCUGCAGCGCAAAACUGACUUCCAGACCAAGAACCCAGUCCCCGAGAUGGACCUGUCUGUGGCAGGGGAGGCGGAUAGCAUCAACGCACUGUGCAGCCAAAUUAACAGCUCAUUCACCAAACCCUCGGAGGACCUCUGUGCCAAAGUCGCCAGCAACGGCUUACCAGCAUGCACUGUCCCUCCUGCAAUUCCCCCUCCACCUGCCCCUCUGCAAGCUACCACCUCCUGGGUCCAGACGGAGCCUGCUGUCCACUCCCCACCUCCAGUUACACAAAGUGGUCACAAGCGGACGCCGUCAGAGGCUGAGCGCUGGCUGGAGGAGGUGGCCAAGGCCGUGAAGGCUCAGCAGCAGUCUCCCCCCACCCUACCACCACCACCCACCCAGCAGCCUCCACCAGUGCCCACCAUCCCCAUGGUUCCUCCUGGCUCCUUGCCCACCUCCAUGCAGCCCUUCCCCAUGGCUUUUGACACCACUCCUGCACCUGUGGGCAUAUAUGGCCAGCCGCCACUGCAGCCAGCCUACGUGCCCAUGCAGGCCUACAUGCCUGCCAUGGCUAACAGCAUGACCUACCCCAAUGCCAGCGUGCCAGUGGUGGGCAUCACGCCCUCGCAGAUGGUGGCUAACGUCUUCUGCAGUGCCACUGGCUCGACUGGAGGGGGGCCCAUGGGACCCAAGGCUGGCACGCUCGGUGGGGGAACCUCAACUUUCCCCAACCUGCCUGGGGGCUUUCCUGGCACCACGUUCGCCAACCCUCCAGCUGUCAAUGGGCUCCCUCACAACACACUCCCCUCCGCCACCACCACGUCUACAUCCACUACCAAUGUUACACCAAACGGCACCAGUACUACUGGGAGUGGCAGCAUCAACAGCUGGCCAGUGGAGAGCCUGCAGCAGGCCAGUCUCCCAGCUGAUGCCCAGGAAGCAGAGCGAUUUGAGGCGAAGUGGGCAGCACUUGAGUCCAAAUCGCAGCCCAAGGCAUCCAACCCUUUUUCCAAUGACUUACAAAAGACUUUCGAGAUAGAGCUAUAAUCACAUCUGUAUGGGCCAGGCUUCACAGACUCCUGACACGAGACUGAAACUACUCCACAUCCUGUUGCUUUUGCUUUUCUCCUGCUUUUUUCUCAUAGGGAAUCUCUACUGUAGACACCUGCUCUUUCAGGUCAUUACUUUUACGUAGGGGAUUGUCCGGUUUGUGUUUUGUGUCGUUCGGACCACUAACUUCAGACUCUUAGAUCCGGGAACACAGGAAUGUCUCAGAACACAAACAAUUACAGUCACAUCAUUUCAGGCACUUAGAGGACAGGGAUGGCUUCUGAUUUUUAGUCUUCAUUAGCAACGGCGCUGGUUUACCAAGUGAAUCACGUGACCUUCAGUCAAAGCCUUCGAGAGCCUUCGCAAAUGAUUACUGAUUGAUAAUUGGACUGCCAAAAUAUCUAUUUAUUAUGUUUCAUGUAACUGUAACAGGUUUUUUUUAAAUCUGAUUUGUACUUGAUUUUAAGUGAAAUGAUUCUAAGUCGGUUUCCAUGUAUUUUUUUAAUGAAAUGAUUGGCACAAGACCACUUAUAAUUUGGCUACAGGGAGAAGAUAUGAUUCACCAGAUGAGAGGCUGCAUGAUCAGAGCUGAUGGAGCUGCGAGUAAAUGCUGUGUGAGAGUGUAAAUAGCAUGUUUAUUUUUCUCCCCUUAUUUGUCGCCCUCUUUGUGGCUGUUAAUUAUUAUUCAACCCCUGUGAGUCACCGCAGAAGCAUCAUAUCGCCAGCCUGCCAACAACCCAUGGACACCAAAGUGAUCAGCAGUCGGCACAGUACAACUCUCAUUAUGCUGAUGAGGUCAUUAGUACAAGUUGCGACUACAUGCAGAACAUGGUAUAGACUGGAGGUGAAAUUGACGUCAGGGCUCAGGAGAAUCUAGGCGAUAUACACACUGCCUGUCAAAAGUUUGGGGACCACAGCCUUUUAGGAUCUUGUUAAUAAGCAUGAGCAUGUGUGUGUUUUUUUGGUUUAUAAUGGCAUAUCUUAUAGAAUAGAUAGAAAACUGUUUAGAUCUUUGCAAAACUGAAGAAAAAAUUACUGACAAAGUUACUUUCUUAGUAAUAAUGACAUACCCAAUGCCUGUCACUAAGACAUCUUUGGGGCAAAAGCGUUUCAGUAUGUGCUUUUGGAAAAGAAAACUGUCAAAACCAUUCAUACUCUUCAUGCUAAGGAUGACACUUGCUAAAUGAUAAUAAAAAAAAACGAAAAUCAAUCAUUACUAAAAUUUCAAAAGCAGACAUGUCCUCACACUUUUGACAGGCAUUGUAAGUGCGCUUGAUUAGCAAUUGCAAAACGAACAACAUAAAGCAGCUACGUGAGGUCUUCUUCCAGAGUCAUUGAUGAUGUUGAUGAGAUUGCAAGUCAGAACACUACAGGCUAUGAGAGCCAGUUGAGGGAACAAAAUUGAAUCCCCCCAAAACAGUCAGCCAGUAGGCUUAACAUUGAAGUUCACUGAGGUUCAUUAGGGAUUUUAUUUUGGCUGCGAACGGAUUUGGAGAGUUUCUUUGAAGUUGAAGGUGGUAGACGAAGAACGUAAUAGUAAAGUGGAUUACGUUGAGAAGAAAGAGAAUAAUUUAAGAAGCUGGAAGGAAGAUGCGUGUGGGCGGUAUGAGAUGUUAAGCGAUGCUGAGGAGUACAUUUGUGAAGUUUUGUGAAUGUCAGGAAGUUAGAGCAAUGAGCUGUUUACAGAAACCACUGAAAGUAAGGAUUAGGAUUUGGACCAGACGUCCUGCAAGGAGGGUCAUUUGAUACGAUCCACGCAUGCUGAAAAUCUCUCUUUAAUUAUGUUUUAAUAAGAAGAGCGAGCGUUCCUGGGUUUCGUUUAUUUUGCGCUCAUUACUCAACCUGUAAAAUAGAACAACAGAUAGUUGUCAUCUAUCAAAGGCAAAUGUGUACGUGCUCUGAGAACCGAGUAUGUUCUUUUUUUGUGAUAAAACUCACUUUUCCACAGUGACACCACCUUAGCCAUUUAUCCGUCCCCAUCGACAAGUCAGUGUCCCAAGCAUGACAGCGGCGGAGGCGUCUCUUUUGGGGAAACAUUCCAAUUUUGUCACACUUUUUUGCAACGUGGUGCGUUUUUAUACCAACACGGUUCUCACUCUGCAAUAAAGCUGCAUAGUCUCUGCUACUUCUGUUCAGCUGGUCCGGUUCUCAGUGUAGGAGCUUGAGGCGUUGGGUAAGGACAUGCUGAGCGUUUGGACACGAUCUGACCGCAGGGUCUGGAGUUUCUCAGCGAAAAGGAUAAAAGCUAGAUGGUCAAAGCCAGACUGCACACUGUGUGUUAAAGGACACUCCAAUGAAUUAUAAUAUAUAUACAGAACAGUUCCAGUGUAUUUACUACCUGGUUCACUUAGACCACACAGCUGGCGCGUUACAGAUUUACAAAGCCGCCGUCCAUUUUGUUGACCACCAACUGCUAAAUACAGGGUUAACCGAGCCUGUGUAGGCGGCACUGUGGGUUUACUUAGGAAUUCCUCUUUCCAAAGAGAACGCAUUUGUUAUCCGGCCUAGCUGUGGGCUCUGUGGUGGGAGGGGAUCGAUUUUUCUCCUAAAUGAGCUUAUCCACGAUCUAUGCUCCAAAUCUUCUGCAUAAAGAUGCAAUGGAUGAAUUUAUACAGCUGAUUGCCCUGGGCUUUCACUCCAUGUUUCCCCAAGUUAAAAAAAAAGAGAAA